AUGCGUGUCAUCACUUUCGCGCUCGCGACCACGUCCAUUCUCCAUCCCUGCACUGAAAGCGUCUUGGAGGAUGCGGCACCGACGGCAACGGGGCUCCGCGGCCCGACUGUGGUUCCCGCACUGGCCAACGGUCACGAUGACACCUCGUUCAGCAGGUCCUUGAGGUCUAACGUUGUAAUCAUCAACGUGGACGAAGGGCCUCUAGUCGAAGGUGUUGUCAAUAGGAUCGAAUCGGCUGUAAGCUCGGCUUUGGUCGAGCACCAGCAGCUGGAGCGAGUCUCCAUCGAGCCUUUUGACGGGUUCUUGGCCAUGUUUCCCGAGCAUGUGGCAGACCAGACGCUACUAAGGAGACCGGAGGUGACGGAGCUGUUGAGGCUCGCGCACAACAUGGGAUUGCUCAAGACCCCUCUCUCGUUUAAAGACGAAGCCAAUGUGGCAGAGAUCCUGGCUGACCUACUAUGGUCGAAGGACAAGAAGGUGCAAGAUUUCGGGAAGGAGUACUUGGAGGUCCUUAUACUUCGGUGGGCUAAGGUUAAAAUGGACCCUGCGGACGUGUCGAAGGAAUUGGGCGUGCCUAAACGAUCUCUUGAAGUCUUCUUCGAUGGCGAUAGUGCAGCAGACGUCGUGCUAAAGAAGUACUGUGCACGUGCCAAGCCUGAAGAACCGGAUCUGUACUACAAACUCAUCAGUGAAGUCUACGGAGGCCCCAGACGUCUCCUCGCAGCUGCGAGCAUGACAUUCGUCAGACAGAAAUUUCACGGUCGAAGCCUAAAGAUCAUGAAGGCUGCAAUGAGGCUAGGAGGUGUUGACAACUCGAAACAGAAGGAGUUGCUGGAGCAUUUCGAAAGAAUGCGUCAGAUGUUCGAAGGUAAACUUGAAGACAUCAUAACCCAUAAACGAUCCCCAGAUCAAGUGAAACAAUUCGGGAAAGACGCUAUUGAAGGCAUGAAUUCCCUUCUUUCUCUGGUGGAUGAGAUGUUUGAGAGCGGCGGACCUGUGAUGCGUUUUGCAGUCCCGCAGAUGUAG